CAAUCAUUUCAAGUGAUGAGAAUAUGAAAGGCUUCCUUUCCUAAAGAAAAAACAUUGGAGAAACCCAUGUAAGGCAUCCUCUUCACUUGCAUAACUGUGCUGUGUCUGACCGUAUAUCCCAUAGCGGGGGACAGUGGUUGGGGUUUGAGGAUUGUGAUUGCUUCUUGGGUUCAAGCUUAUAUACUCUCUGUUUGGAUUUUCGGUAAGAGGCUUACCCGGAAAUUCUAGGCAAAAAAUACCAGCAGUGCACGCCGCACAGCUUGAACCCAGUAAAUGGCGCGAAGCCUACUCCUUUGCUCACAAACCAGAACCAGAGCCAAGCUUUCAUUCUCACUCCCACAUCGCAAAUUCCGGUCCAAGCCCCACCGUCAUCACCUUUACUAUGAACAUCAAAAUCUUCCUUCAACGCGCGUCUUUUGCCACUGUGUUAGCUCCCCACCGUCAACCGUAGUAGAUAUGGCCAAGUACAACGAAGCUUUCUCCAGGCGAAUGGCCAUGGCCGGCCUCAAACCCCACAAUCAUAUUGCUUUAGGAGUAUCUGGGGGACCGGAUAGCAUGGCUUUGUGUGUUCUAGCAGCUAAUUGGAAAACUGAAGGCCUAUAUGGCAGUGACAAGAGUGGAAAUUACAUUGAUGGUCUCUUGGCAAUAAUUGUUGAUCAUGGGCUUCGUCCAGAGAGCAAAGAUGAAGCAAGUCUAGUGGGACAUCGGGUUGCAGAAAUGGGAAUCAGAUUUGAGGUUGCCCGUUGUGAUUGGUCAAAUGGCAAGCCAAAACAAGGUCAUUUGCAAGAAGCUGCUCGUGAAAUGAGGUAUAAAAUAUUUCAGGAUGUUUGUAUGCAAAACCAGAUCAGUGUUUUACUUGUUGCACAUCAUGCAGAUGACCAGGCUGAGUUAUUCAUUCUUAGAUCAUCUCGUGAUAGUGGGGUCCUUGGACUUGCUGGCAUGGCAUUCACAUCUCAAGUGUUCUCUUCACAUGCAUAUUUUUGUAACAAAGAUUGGAAAUGUCAUAGCAUUCUUCUUGUGCGGCCACUUCUGGAUUUUUCAAAAGAAGACAUGUACAAGAUAUGUCAAGGGAGUAACCAUGAUUGGGUUGAGGAUCCAACAAAUCGAAGUUCAUUAUUUGCUCGGAAUAGGAUUCGGAUGUCACUGGGAAAUUUGUCAUCUUGUAUCUUUAAGUCUGAACUACAAGCAGUUAUUUCUGCCUGUCGAAAAACACGCACCUAUGUUGAUCAAAUUUGUAACAAUUUGAUAAAUCAGACUGUCACAAUAAUGGAACAGGGUUAUGCAGUUAUCAAUUUAGAGGCACUUAAACCAUCAAAAAUUGAGGACAUAUGCCUGUCUAAAUUUAUCGCAUUGGUUUUACAGUUUAUUUCACAAAGGCAGAGGCCAAUUAGAGGUAGUACUUCAAAAUUGCUGUUGCAAUACAUUCGUACCAUCCCAUGCAAGACCUCCCUUACUGCGGCUGGUUGCUACAUUUGUCCAGCUCCUGGGUCUAAGGGUACCAAAGCUCUGAUAUGCUGCUCUGUUAAUGGUCCUCUGCCUUCAAAGGCAGAAUUAUUUCAUGUACACUCUAGUGAAGAGCAGAAGCAUUUUUUUUCAAAUGACUUGGAACAAAUUAUAGCAAAUGGAAAAUCAUAUUCUAUUAACUUGCUCCCUAAUGCAUCCAAAGUGCAGUUUUUGAACAUGGGGUCUGCAUCAGUUCUAGGUGAAGCCCAGAGACUAGGUAUUAUCAGUGAGUCAACCUAUAGAAACAUUAUUUUAUUGCAAAAGGAGGAAGUCAAACGUUUCAAGUCUAAAACAGAUGAACUUGUGUCUGAAUGUAAGCCAAAGCAGGAAGCUGAACAUGUUGCUGCAUUUCUGAGUGAACCACUUCUCGAUGGGCAAACAUACUUCUUCAUGAACCGGUUCAUUAUCUCAUGGAAAGUAAGCAAAGAAAUUUCUUGGAAUGCUUUUCCCGGAGAAGCUUAUUGUCUCUCAUAUUUGGGAGGGGAAAGUCAGCAGAGUCAUUGCUGUUGUAUAAACAGGCAUGACAUGGUAGCCAAGAUUCGUCCCAUGACUGAUGCUGAUUGGCUCUAUCUUGCCAAGUUGUCGAAGUGGCCAAGUUCAGAUAAUUUUGAAGCAACAAAACUUCCUUUCUCUAUUGAAGCAAAUCCAUUAACCAAGAAGACAAAAAUAUGCUCAGAUUAUUCAAGGUUAUCUGCAAAAGGAGCUCUCAAAUCACUGAAAUCUGUCCCUGCUGCAGCAAGAAGAAGCAUUCCGGUCCUGGUCAAUCAUGAUGGACAGCUACUUGGCAUCCCAAGCAUUGGCUUUAACCAUUGCCCUUUCUUGAUGACGUCUGCCGUAUUCAAGCCAAGAGUACCACUUGGAGGGGGACACAGUUCCUUUCUUUAGUCUUCUUAAUUUCAGUUUAUCAGGUCUUGAUUUUAUACAAGCCUGGGAUACUAGAAGGAAUGCCAUUUGCCCCCCUGAAAAAGGUUGGAGGAAUGCUGGGUAUACAUCACAUUUUGUGGUAAACUAAAGUUGAAAAUGUAACUACAAAGCUCUCCUUAGGUCACUCAUUUAUCCCUUCUCUUUAUAAUUCAUUUGUUUAUUUUUAUGGUUGUAACAUCAUUUUCCUUCUAUAUUUUAGUAGCAGAGCCAUUCUUUUAAAUGUACAGCAUUACCAAAGUGUUAAUAAUACUUUUUAUUUAUGUCA